CCUGCCAAGAUUAAAACAAACAUAUUUUUUUUUUGUUUUUUGAGAAAUAGAUUCAAACAGACAUUUAUAUUUAAAAAUAGAAACUAUCAAUAUUAGAUUGUCAUGAUGGUAUCUAACUUAAAAUAUUAUCCAUGUUACUAUAAAUUAGUUAUUUCUUUCCGCAUUGUCGAAAUUAACUUUUAAAAAAAUGUGCAUAUAGAAAGUACUAUUGAUGAAAAAAUUGCAUUUUUUAAAAAAAAAUAUCUAUUUGUAUAUUAUCAUUUUAAAAUAUGAAAGUAAUUUAUAGAAAAAUAGUAAAAAUAACUUUAAACAAAUUUUUCUAACAAAUAUCUUUUGUGUGAAUAUUAAUAUAUUUAUAUUUUUAACUAUCAAAAACUAAAAACUUAAUAAUAAAAUUUUCGUUAAGAUGUAUGUCACAUUGUAUUAGUUAUAAAUUUCAGUAAUAUAUGUUGUUUUCAAAUUUAUUUUUAUUAUUUGUUAGAACAAUAUAUAUGUAUAAAAUGAUUUUAAACAUAUCUUAAGAACAUUUAAAAUUGAAAUAUAUAUAUAUAUAUAUAUAUGUAUAUAAUUUAAAUUAAAAAUAUGCCAUCAAUUGAAGUCACUGCCACUUGAGGAUAUAUUUCUACACCACAUUUAUAUGUAAAUAUUGUCUUAUACGAAAUGGUCUAGCAACUGUAUUGUGAAUUUUUUUAUCUAGAAAAUCACGUAAACAAAUGUCAAAUGAACAUAAAAAUAACAAUUCUCACUUAGUAUCAAAUCAAAAUAUUCAAACUAAAAUCAAACGUUAAAAAAAAAACCCGACCACUAGUGUAAAUAUCAAUAAGGGUUUUCAACUUUAAAUUUUUUCCAGUCUUUAUUAUAUAGAUAAAUAACAUAAUUAUUGAGUCGGUUAAGAGCAUCUUUAAUAAAAAAAAUUAGUGUAGGUUCUUAGAAUUAAAAAAAAAAUAAUAAUAAUUGAAAGAGAAGAGAGAGUGUAGAGAAAAAUUCUAAUAUAAGGAUAUUUUAGAAUUCUAUUAGAACUCUAUAUGACACUUGUAUACUAUAGAUUGGUUGAAUUUUUUUUAUAACUAAUGUCAGUUAUCUAAUUAUAUAUUAUUGAAAUAUUUGUAUUUUUGUUUAAGAAACUCCUUAAAGUUCUUACUGAUAAAUAUUGCUCUAAGGCCCAGUGAAAAGAGAUACAGGGAAAAUAGGCCCACGAAGUAACACCACAAAUUAUCUUUUGCUAAGUCUUUUAUGAUAAAAUUAGGGUUUUCAACCUUUAACGUUUUGCCAAAGAUGAGGAGAGAUAGAGAAGAUGGUUACACUUCUCGAGGAGAAACAAACGGGCAAUCUCCAACCAUACGUGAUGCACUGCAUUAUGUCAGUGCUGUGAGGAACACAUUUCAUGACGACAUAGGGAAAUAUGAGACAUUCCUUGAGGUCAUGAAGGACUUUAGAGCUCAGAGAGACGACCAUAAUGGUGUCAUUAGAAGAAUAAAAGUUUUGUUCAAUGGUCACAACGACCUAAUAUUAGGUUUUAAUACUUUCUUACCCAAAAAGUAUACAAUAACCUUUCCGUUGGAGGAAGAGAAACCGAAGACCAGGGUAGGUUUCCAAGAUGCUUUCAGUUUCGUCACCAAGAUUAAGGCAAGGUUCUCAAGUGAUGAACAUGCGUAUAAAAGGUUUCUAGACAUCAUGGAGAUGUAUCGAAAGGAAAGAAAGUCCAUCAUUGAUGUCUACGAAGAGGUUACUAUUCUCUUCAAGGGUCAUGAUGAUCUGCUCGUGGAGUUCCUUAAUUUCUUACCUAAUUGUGCUGCAAUUUCUGACAUGCUUCCAAGGCAUUCUGAUAAGGUCGAAAACUGUGAUGAAAAGCUGGUUGUUUUCUCUGGUGGUAAUUCUACUGGAAAUUCCCUUGCUAAAGAAGGUCAGGGAGGCUAUUUGAACGUGGCAGAAAAUGGGCAAAUUCAAGAAUAUCAAAGUGGUCAAGAUGGUGGAAGAGAUACAGAUAGAGAUGACAAAACAGCUAGCAGUGUAAGCCAAAUUAUUGCCUCCUUCCAAAGGAUGUGAGUGACUCUUUUUCCAUAAUAACAUCGUUCUACUACACUGGAAUUACUGCGUUAUACAGUUUUCUUGUAAAAUGGUUGGUGUUUGCCCAUGCAAUAUCCAUAUGAUAAUUCUAAAAGUGGUCUUUAUUAAGAUACAAUUUAUCAUGAAGCUGUGUAUCUGUUACCGAUAGUGCAUCAUCCUCUCAAUCAGGAUCUAUCACAACCGCUUCUUCAGAUUCUUCGCCAUACUUCUUCUUUGUAACAUAAUAGUCAUUCUGGUAUAUGCCUACUUCUUUCAGAACCAGCAGGUAAUUCUAGACCCUGAGUGUGAUCUAGAACCGACCCUAACAUUCCUCACAAUAUUUUUUUUCUCAGACUUGCCUCUAGCAUAAUAUCAUUCUCCAUGUUCAUGUGAAACCCUAGAGGUUUUAAGAUCUUGAUCUUUCGGAAUUGGUUCCUUUGAAUCAAACGACAAAUCCCAAUUCCUCACAAUAUGGUUACACAUGUUCGGAAUUGGUUCCUUUGAAUCAAACGACAAAUCCCAACAAAAACGCCUAGUCGCUUCUGUACCCGAGUAUCCUCAUCUUGAAUCACUUUGAGGUACACAUGUUCAAGGUUCGGAAUUGGUUCCUGCAUAAGUAGCAAGGAACAAACAGUUCCGAACACAUUCUCAUCAAGAUACAUCAGAAAGUCAUGGACCUUGUCUUCCUCCCAUUGUGCCCUUAGCCUUAAGGUUACACUGAACUUGCAUGUACAUCCAUUGCAAACACAGCUCAGCAUUGGACGGUAACAUGCCAAACUGUCCCAAAUCUUUGUAAGUUUUCCAAGGCAUGUCUCGAUCAUGACACCAGCUUAAUGGCAGUUUACAAGUUACUUCCUCAGAUGCUGAACACGAGGUCCGUUCGUCACACGAAAUCGUCUGCAUAUGUGUUCCAACAAGUCUGUAGCAAGGGUUUGUGUGAGAUGUUCAAUCGCAGCCUUUGGUCAAUCGUCAUCUUGAUCCAUUGAUGGUCUUCCAAUCUUCAUAGUCGGAUGAGUCUUCAGCUGGCUGGGGAAGACUCCCGUCUACAAAUCCAAAUUUCUUCAUUGAGCUCAAAGCAGUCUCAAGGUUGAUAGCCAUCCUUGUAAAAAAUGAUGUGAGAUAACACUUCCUGGAUUGUCGCUUCGGUGAGAUCAUACGGCAAGAUCGUACGCCUUUGAAUAUCCAUCGUUGGUACCGUGACUCCAGAUCAAACAGCUGAGUUCUCAGUCAUGUUGUUAUCGCCCAUAUCGCAGAACCAAGUUUUCAGUCGUUUAGAAAUCAAAAAGGAAUCAAGACUAAGACAACAUAUAAAUCACAAAAAUAUUUGUGUCUGAUACCAUGUGAAAUAGUUGCAGAGAAUAGAGAAGGUUUUCUUGUGUCUUAUUCACGUUAGAGAUCAACUCUAUAUAUACAGCUUGUACAGAGAAAUAUCCCCAUGUAACCUAGCUAUAGGAUUAUGUAAACAUUCCUUACAAGGAAGAUUUCGUAUUAACUAUCGUAUAUACUCCAAUAGAUAAAGUGCCAAUAUCAGGAACUUGAACAUCUCAGAUUGCAUUUAAGGUUUGUUGUGCAGGCAUCGUUGUAGAGGAAUAUGGGAUUGCAUUUUCAUCAAAUUGGUGUCCACCACCUGCUGAGUUUCAAGCCAAUCAAGCUUUAGUAGCAGCAGUAGCCAUAUGUUGCCGUAUUAUAUUCUCGAGCACUGAGAUAGUACCAAAAUUAUUACUUAAAAUAUGAUAUGCCUGACGAUUUUGUUGUUAUUUCAUAAUAUUUCUAACGUACCUGCCAAGAUUCAGACAAACAUUUUUUUUUUUUUUAAACAUUACUUAAAAUAAGAUACGCCCGACGAGUUUGUUGGUUUAUCAUAAUAUUUCUCACAUACCUGCCAAGAUUAAAACAAACAUAUUUUUUUUUGUUUUUUGAGAAAUAGAUUCAAACAGACAUUUAUAUUUAAAAAUAGAAACUAUCAAUAUUAGAUUGUCAUGAUGGUAUCUAACUUAAAAUAUUAUUCAUGUUACUAUAAAUUAGUUAUUUCUUUCCGCAUUGUCGAAAUUAACUUUUUUUUAAAAAUGUGCAUAUAGAAAGUACAAUUGAUGAAAAUAUUGCAGUUUUUAAAAAAAAAAAAUAUUUAUUUGUAUAUUAUCAUUUUAAACUAUGAAAAUAAUUUAUAGAAAAAUAGUAAAAAUAACUUUAAACAUAUUUUUCUAACAAAUAUAUUUUUGUGUGAAUAUUAAUAUAUUUAUAUUUUCAACUAUCAAAAAAUAAAAACUUAAUAAUAAAAUUAUCGUUAAGAUGUAUGUCACGUUGUAUUAAUUCUAAAUUUCAGUAAUAUAUGUUGUUUUCAAAUUUAUUUUUUUAUCUGUUAGAACAAUAUAUAUGUAUAAAUUGAUUUUAAACAU